AACCACCAACCACCUUCAAAAAAAUAAAUUAAUAUAAGACCAAUCUAGUCCAGCCCGGAACCGGCCUCCUCAUUUCAAACCUGGCAGGCCUGAAAUAAGAACUAGGGUCGGGAAAGAAUAGAGAAGGCCACGUGAGACAAAGUCUGAAACUCCACGUUCUUUCUUUUUAAACUCAAGUUCAAGUGCAAAGCAGAAAACAACCCUUCAUGAUUUCUAGCAACAGAAUCGAUACGAUUGUGUUGUUUUAUUUGUCUAGAGGAGGGCCAUAACUCCCAUGAGAGCAGCGAGGAAGCUGUCCAGGAAUACCACUCUGUCCAGGAACGCUGGGAGCACCGGGUUGGCCAGGCUGUCCAGGUUGUCCGGGAACGCUAGGAACACCAGAUUGACCAGGCUGUCCAGGUUGUCCAGGAACGCUGGGAACACCAGGCUGGCCGGGCUGUCCAGGUUGUCCAGGAACGCUGGGAACACCAGGCUGGCCAGGAACGCCAGGAACGCUGGGAACACCAGGCUGGCCGGGAACGCCAGGGACGCCAGUCUGUCCAGGAACGGUAGGAACACCGGGAGUGCCGGGCUGGGCGGGAACACCCGGGGUGCCGGGUUGGCCAGGAACACCAGGAGUACCGGGCUGUCCAGGGACACCAGGCUGGCUGGGGAUAGGGACAGGGGCGACAGGCACAGGCUGGGUAGGUGGGAUAACUGGAGGCGCAGUGCUGUUCUGGAAAGGAGGAGUAACAGUGCUGUUGCUGACAGGCGGGCGUGGGCUACCAGUUGGGAUAGGCUGGCCAGUCGGGAUGGGUUGGCCAGUCGGGAUAGGCUUUCCACCAGUCGGUGCUGUUGGGUGGCCAGUAGGCGGCUGAGUUUCGUCCUCACAAAAGGUUGAGGUGACAGUAAUCGUGUUGUGGUGGUCUUGGUCACCUGAGUGGGAACAGUAACAGUGGUGCCGCCGGUGCCGGUAGCCUAACGGGUCUUAGUUGAGAUGUUUAAGCAAAAUAUGACAAGGCUCUUUGCUUACCGUCGGCUGCUUUUGGUG